AUGUCAACAAACGAUACCGAAGCGCUGAUGUCUUCUCCCAAGCUUCGGAAGCAACCGCCUAGAGAGGUGCCCUCCACGCCAACCUCCCGGACGAGGCGCCGUGCUGCUGCACUCUCUCCCUCAAAUGCUACUGCGGACCUUGUUCCGGUCAGUCCUGGCAUGAAGAGGACCAAUUCCGGUACUUUGAAGUCCCCUGAUUACAGACUCAAUAACAAGGACGUCAUGUCGCCUGGAAUUCUUGCCACCCCACGAAACUCUGGAUACGACUCCAACGAUGAGAAGGAUACGCCGCAUCGCUCAAAAUUCUCGCGCAACCCGCUUUUCUUCAGUCCAAAGGCACGAAUAGGAGAUGACAAUGUGCCCCUUAAAGAGGACUUGAAUGUGAUCUCUUCUCAGUUGAAAGACAAGCUCAGCCUGGCGUUGGGCUCAGUUCAACGGAAAGAGCGCAAUAGCAUUUCUCCAAAUCGCUUGACAUUUACUGAAAGUUGGAGCACUAACUCCGCAGAUUCACCAACCAGACGUAAGGGCUCUUUUGCCCAAUCGCCACCGCGCAACCUCCAGGCUGCUAGCAUAAAUCUACAGACAUUACAACAGUCGCCAUGUGUUUACAGUAAUUCUCCACGUCACACGCAAGCUUCAUCGUUUGGACUCCAGCAGUCGGCUAAUUUCUCGUCGGAACAGCAACCGAUAAAGCUUCCUUCGCCUGAUGAGACUAGUGCUCACAGUGCUUUGCUUGAAGCAUUCUCACGUUCAAAGAAACGGCAACAGAGCGAUUCGAAUGAGCAUGCUAAUCCUUUCGGUAUAUCAACACCUGUGCUGAGCUCCCAGCAAGUUCUGCCAUUCGAAGUUUCGGAAAACAAACCCAAGCCGCCUCCUUUUCAACUUCCAUCUAUCUCUGUGGCUGUGCCAUUGAACCCAAAAGAUGAUUCUGAGCAAGACGCGGUGCUUUCACUCAUGUCGCUUGCAUCACCUCAGGGCCUCAAAAAGUCUCUACAUCAUUCCUUUAACAUGCCGGCAGGAGAGUCUGCGACCCUGUCUCGUUCGCCCUCUGCUUCUGUCCCUGUUCUUCCACCCAUUGGCGGGCUAAUCCGUAAAGUCGAUGAUGACGAAACAGAUGUCGAAGAGGGUUCUUCUUCCGAUUAA